AUGGAUCGUUGGGUAGGUAAGGUGGCCAUCGUUACCGGAGCCAGUGCGGGCAUUGGUGCCGCCACGCUAAAAGCCCUAGCGCGAGCCGGUAUGAUCGCGGUCGGUUAUGCACGACGACCGGAACGCAUAGAGCGACUGAAGGAAGAGCUGCUGGCUGCUGGCGAUGAGUCGACAAGCGCCCGGCUCCAUGCCGUACGCUGUGACGUAACACGAGAGGAGGACAUUCUGGCCGCCUUCCAGCUAGUGGAGCAACGCUUCGGUGGAGUGGACGUACUGAUCAACAAUGCCGGCAUCGCUCGGGGCUCGGUCGAUCUACUGACCCCCAACAACACAGCGGAAUUGCGUGCGGUGAUCGAUACGAACCUGCUCGGUACGGUACUGUGCAGCCGGGAAGCGUUUCAAUCGAUGAAACGACGCUCCGUCACCGGUGGACACAUUGUGCACAUCAAUAGUGUACUGGGGCACACGGUACCAGCGAACAUGACCUUCAACAUUUAUCCGGCCACCAAGUACGGUGUGACGGCACUCACCGAAACGAUGCGCCACGAGCUGCGGAAUGCCAAAACCAACAUUAAAGUGACGAGCAUCAGCCCAGGGUUGGUGAGCACCGAAGCCGUUCCGGACUCGAUGAAAACGGAUGGCACGCCAAUACUCGAACCGGAAGAUAUAGCCGAUGCGGUGCUGUACGUACUCGGUACACCGCCCCGGGUGCAGGUGCACGAGCUGAUGAUCAGACCGGCUGGAGAGAUGUUAGGAUGA